AUGGCCAACGGUAGCUUAGAAGAUCGUCGCAUCAGACGAGGCAACUCCCCCGUGCUCCCAUGGCAGCUAAGAUUCCGCAUUGCAGCUGAAGUUGCGAUUGGUCUUAAUUUCCUCCACCAGAUGAAACCAGAGCCACUGGUGCACCGUCACAUGAAACCAGCCAACAUAUUACUUGACCAGCACAUGGUCAGCAAGAGCAUUCAUGUCGGGUUGGCUAGGCUUAUCCCUCCUUCAGGUUCUGACACCGAAACACAGUAUAGAAUGACGUCAGCUGCUGGAACCUUGUGUUACAUUGAUCCAGAAUACCAGAAAACGGGUAUGCUUGGAACCAAAUCACAUAUACUCGUUUUGCUGAGAUGCUAG